UGACGCCAUACUUCAUCAUGUCUCUGACCACGCCUACCAUGCACUCUGCCAUCUCAAUCUCUGCUGCGAUAGCAUGCGUGGUCGUAUUGGCGACCAUCCGAGCUCGACAUCGUCUCCGUAGAAGGCGAUUGCCCCCAGGACCGCCACCACUCCCGCUCAUAGGGAAUACGCAUCAAGUCGACCCAUCGUAUCCAUGGCUUUCGUUCACUCAGUGGAAAGCGCCCUAUGGCGACCUGGUUUACUGCAAUGUGCUCGGCCAAGACAUCGUGAUAGUCAACUCGGAGAAGGUAGCUGAGGACCUUAUGGAGAAGCGCUCUCGCAACUAUUCAGACAGGAUGGACAUGUCAGAUAUGCUGGAACCGUAUGGUAUGGACUUCGCCACUGUUCUUCUCAACCACAACGCAACAUGGCAAGCCCAUCGGCGCAUCCUCCAGCAAACCUUACGCCCUGAAGUGGUCGUCGCGUAUCAGUCAACUCAGCUUCAUUGUACCGCCAAUUUGACUCAGAGUUUGGCAAGGGCACCGUCCGAGUGGUGGAAGCACAUUCGAUCCUUCUCUGCGGCUAUCGUGAUAGGAACAAUCUACGACCACGAGCUCCCAGAGAACCCCGAACAUGACGUCUCGUUUAAAGCAGUUCUGGAUGGAUCUGAGCUCGGCGUUAUCAUUGCCUCACCCGGACCCGUUGCUCUGGUAAAAGCAAUCCCACUCGUGAAACAACUCCCAACGUGGAUGCCCGGAGGUCAAUGGUUUAAUGCUGCUGCCUGUAAGCGCGUAUUCAACAAGAUGGUUGGCACCCCCUUCGAUGAACUACUGGGGAGGAUUGCAACCGGGAAAGCAGGACCGUGCGUUGCAGCCGAUGCGUUGGCCAAAUUUCAAGACACAAAAAAGCUGGAGAAUGCUGAACAAGUUGUGAAAGACGUAUGCGGUACAGCAUACUCUGCUGGCGAAGAAACGACCGGCUCGACUCUAAUCGUGUUCACGUUGGCCAUGGUGCUAUAUCCGGACAUUCAAAAACGAGCUCAGGAUGAGAUAGAGUCAAUCGUAGGCAGCAGUCGCCUUCCCGACUUCAACGAUAGAUCUGCUUUGCCUUAUAUUGAGGCAGUCUUUCGGGAGACACUGAGAUGGAGGCCUGUCGUUCCGUUGGCGAUUCCGCAUGUUGCUGCGAACGAGGACGUUUAUGAUGGCUACCUUAUUCCCAAGGGAGCCGUUAUAAUGCCCAACCUCUGGGCCAUGUCUCAAGACUCGACCAAGUACCCCUCUCCCGAAACCUUCAACCCCGAACGCUUCCUCGACGCAACCGGAAAGCUGACAACAGACACGCCCAACUUUGCGUUUGGCUUUGGUCGACGCGUCUGUCCGGGCCGGCACCUGGCGAGCGGAUCCGUAUGGAUCGCAAUUGCACAGAUCCUAGCGGCAUUCUCGAUCGAGAAAGCAAAAGACGCUGCUGGAAAUGUGAUCGAGCCGAAUCCGGGGUGGAAGAGGGGUCUAUCGUCGUACCCCCUGCCAUUUCCUUGCAGCUUUGUUCCUAGGAGGCACUAGAGUAGCAUCGUCAUCCAGCAUGCACAUAUAAUCUUAUAGCAAUCUGAAGCCUUUUAGUAUAGAGACAUCUUUGGUAGCUGACUUGAACAGACAAGGACAAACUGAUGUAUAUACCAUGGUAGUCGAGGGCCGAAGAGAAGCUUUGAGUCGUAGUUUCCAUGCCACAAACCUUCGUGACAGCGAUUUUUCGCCUCGCAUAACACAUGUCGUACUCAGUGCUCAGCAACACACAAGAC